ACUAGGAUUAAGAUUGGGCGACCGGUUUCCUCGUGCGACGCCGUUGCUAAGAGAUGCCGAGAGGGUUGCAUUCUAGGCUGCUGGACUAGUAGGCGACAGGGCUUGUGUGAGUUUUAUCUGGCGUUAAAGUUAAUGAAACAAAUGGACAGUUCUCAUCGAGCUAACAUACUCGUUACAUCCUGUCUGAAAACACCGGUGGAUCCACACACCAAAGUCCCGCUGGCUUUAUACGAGAGGGCGUGUGUCCCUCCAGGAAUAACAGAUAGAGAACAGGUGGAGUCUGACUCCGAAUUAGACCUGGGACCUGAUGAUACUCACUCUGAAGUCAGGUGCGCUUUGCCAUUUACAGAUCAGUAUAAAAUGGGCGAUCGCAUCGAUCUGCAUGAGCUGUACUUCUCUAAUGAGGAGUACUACCGCAAGCUGGAGCAGCUGAGGAGAGCCCAGCUUUGCACCAUGGUUGGUCUUAAGCUCAUGUAUCUCAAGAAACCUGAGCUGAGGAGAAAUGCACCUCCGAGCAACUAUGACAGAACCUGCCAGCUGCAGAGUCAUCGGUCACACCAUACACCUGGAGGAAAAAUUAAAAAGGCUUACUCAGCCCACGAGCUCGGAAGCAGCUACAUGGACGAUGACCGAGCUGAGCGUGUCAAGCAAAAUUUUACAAAAGAUCUCAGCUCACCCAAAGAGCGCGUCAGAAACAUGUGGCAAGGCUUCCAUGUUGACAAAAUAUCUUCAAGUAAGCAGCAACCUUUCUCAGCAUGGAUAACAAACUAUCCAAGUGACCAUCAAGCCACAGUGAAACCAAACGCCAUGGCCGGGGUUCCCAAGCCCAAAAAAGGAAAGCGGUCAAAAGAGGAAGGCUGGCGUCCUCGGGUGACGGUGCCCAAGCCCUUCCAGAUGACGCUCCGGGAGACAGAACAAAAACGCAAGGCGCUUAGGUCUCGCUGUGAAAUCGAGCGAGAAAACGAAGAGCUGCGAAGGGAACAAGAGGAAUUGACGGAGUGCCAGCGCAAAUUCCGCGCCACACCAAUGCCUGCUCAUGUACGCCUCCCACUCUAUGAGGAAUUGCGUGAGCGAGACGAAGAACGUCGUCGACAAGCACGGGCUGCGGAACAGCAGCGCCUCUUGGCCACCCAGAGGCCGUUUAGCUUUGUGGAAAGGGAGCACAUAAAGAAACAGCAGAAGGAGUUACAGAUGCUCCUCACCAUUAAGAAGCAAGAGGAUAACGAGAGGCGUCCUUUUCGGGCCAAACCUGUUCCUCGUUACAUUAAGGAGGCAGCGUUGGGUGAGCGCCAAAAAGAGGAACAGCUCUACCGGGAGAUCAAGAAAGAGAUGCGAGCGACAGAUAUGCUCCUGAGUGCCACAGAGCCACCCAGCGUUCUGGCCAAACGUCUCAGUGAACGUCGUGCGAAGAGGGAAGACCAGUCUACUGACGGCACCAACCACAAGAACAGGUUUAGCCCCCAUGUGCCUGACUUCGAUGCCAGGUAUAGGUGCUUCCAGAAGCAGCUUGAAAGCAAGCGGGAAUGUCGAACUCUGACAACGUGUGAACCUUUCAAGCUGUGCACGUCUAGCACCUCGUGUAAAGGGCAUCUCACAGCCAAUCCUGAGGUGGAGAGAAAGAGCCAGAGCACAUUUAGGAAUCUGUGUCUUUCUAAUUCACCCAGAACACCUUUGUCCUCUCUGUGUUCUUCGCUCUCUGGGAGUUUUGAAUACCUGCCUUCAAAAAUUACUGAUGCAGCCAAGAAACGUCAAGAGGCUGUUAGGAAAGUUCUUGAACAGAGAAAGAAAGCUGACCAAGAGGAGAAGAAAUGGAAGGAGCGACAGAGGCAGAAGGAGAGGAAACUACAAAAGCUGAUAGCCAGGCGUGCUCAGGCCAACGACCCACAUGUGGCCCUGGCACAGAUUUGUGAAUCCAAACUUAAGGAGUUCAGGAGGCAGGACCUGCAGAGACGCAGGGAGUACCAAGAGGAGAUGAGAGAAAUACAAGAAAGAGUGAAAAGCAGACCUCUUUUAUUAGAACGAGUUACACAGAUGAACGCUAGGAAGGCGGCAGAGAAGCGCUACACUGAAACUCUGCAUGCUUUUGGUCUCAGUGAGGACUUCAACAGGAAAGACCAAAACUCUGACCAUCAGGAGGAUGCUGUUUUAAAUGAUUAUUUACCUUUCAACUAUUCUGCUGAUUAUGAUGUUGAUGAACAAGACAUUGAGGAUGCACUGGUGGACGCAAAGAUAAAGAGACAGCACGACGAUGAGGGAGAAGAUCUAAGUGAAGAAGGUGACCCCAGUGAGGAUGGAGAUGGCAAUCAAAUCUAUGAGGACGAUCUGGAUUUUGAUGAUCAUGAAGAUCAUGAUGGGGAUGAAAGUGAAGAAGGGUCUGGUGAAAGGAGCAACAGUUGCCAUAGUAACAGAAGCAGUGUAAGUGAUGAUGGAAAAAGAGACAUAAGCCCAGUAACUGAUGAAGGAAGGACAGAAGACGGGAAACAGACACAUGGUAAUCAGGAGGCUGUAAGUGCCGAAGAAACAAAAGGGAGAGAAGGAGGGAAAGAAAAGAAUGAUGAUGCAGAGGACUGAGAAAUUCAUUUGUUUGUGUCACUUUAGCUCCUCUUGUGUAAUGGUUGGGAUAUUGUGCGUGUUUUGGAUCUGUUUAUUUGAUUUUUAUGGAGAUUCUGAGAUCUUAAUAUAAUAAAGAUUUGCUUGUA